AUGGCCGCGAGGGGCGCUGCCCUGCACUCGGUGGGCCUGGGUGCACAAAGGGCCCCGAGGCCGGCUGUUCGCGCUGCCCUCCCCGCUCCGCGGAGGUCUGUCCGUGGAAGCCGUUGCUCCAUUCCUUCCGAGUCCCGUCGUGGACUUGGACAGACUGAAGCCUCUCCCCCGCAUUUCUCCGAGCGGCCUCACCUUCCCCCUGCCAGAGGUGCCACCCUGGAGGGCCGGCUGUGUCAGCGCGCUGGCUGCCGGGGGCUGUCCCUGCCCUGUGACUGGCUGCUCGUUCACCUGUGUCUGGCUCGGAGCACGGCCCGCUGUACCAAUACCCCUGAGGAGAAGCGUGAGUGCAUCUCCAUCCACGUUGGCCAAGCUGGUGUCCAGAUUGGCAACGCCUGCUGGGAGCUCUACUGCCUGGAACAUGGCAUCCAGCCCGAUGGCCAGAUGCCAAGUGACAAGACCAUUGGGGGCGGAGAUGACUCCUUCAACACCUUCUUCAGCGAGACUGGUGCUGGCAAACAUGUGCCCAGGAAUUCUGUCAGUAAAUCACCUUGUCCACAUGUCACACCUAUUACACGUCUAUUGCAGGUUUCAUCAGAUGUCUCAACACUGAAAUUAAUUUUUCUCUUACAGGCUGACCAGUGCACAGGCCUGCAGGGCUUCCUGGUUUUCCACAGCUUUGGCGGGGGCACUGGCUCUGGGUUCACCUCCCUGCUGAUGGAGCGUCUCUCCGUUGACUAUGGCAAGAAGUCCAAGCUGGAGUUCUCCAUUUACCCAGCCCCCCAGGUCUCCACAGCUGUAGUAGAGCCCUACAACUCCAUCCUUUACCAGCCUCCCACUGUGGUUCCUGGUGGAGACCUGGCCAAGGUACAGCGGGCUGUGUGCAUGCUGAGCAACACCACAGCCAUCGCGGAGGCCUGGGCGCGCCUGGACCACAAGUUUGAUCUGAUGUACGCCAAGCGUGCCUUUGUUCACUGGUACGUGGGUGAGGGGAUGGAGGAAGGGGAGUUUUCUGAGGCCCGAGAGGACAUGGCUGCCCUUGAGAAGCGUUAUGAGGAGAUUGAAACAGAUAGUGCUGAGGGAGAGGACAGGAUGCAGAGUAUUAAUCUUUCUGCUGUGAUUUUGCAUUCCAUUGUCUCAUCUCACACAUUUUUUUCUGUUCUGUGGAAUUGUUUAAGCCCUAAUCUGUCAAUAAAAAUGUUUGUAUUUAAAGAUCAACCUGGCUUCUGA